UCUGUUUGUAGAAAUACUGAAACAAUGUUUUUACAACCAUGAGCUGGUCUAUAAUCAAUAAUCAAUAAUCUAAAGUAAGUAGUACUGAUCCAAAGUCAUUUAUCUGUAAUAAUGUUUAAAUGAUUAUCAGUUGAACACGUCGUCGUCAUCUGUGUUUAAAUAAAGUUUGAUGGUUUGAGUCUGUUUGUAAAAACCACCUGAGUCAGCAGGUUUCUGUCAGGAAACACAUGGAGGAGGAGGAGGAACCAUGGGGGGCUGAAAAGAGUGCGACAGAGAGAGUUCAGGACAGACCAGGACCAGGACAGACCAGGACCAGGAGACAUGGAGGUUUGUCAGAGGUUAAAGCUGCUGGUCGUCUCUCUGAUGAUGAUGCUGAUGAUGAAGGAGAUGAAGACGUCAGCUGUAUCACAACAGAACUUCUGCUCCAACUCGACGGUGCUGAGGACUCGGACGGCCUGUCACUCCUGUAGCAUCAGCCUGUUGAUCCCCUGCCCUUCAGGGUACAAACUGACCCCCGGCUCCACCGCCCAGGACUGCAAGUACUACGUCAGAACCGCCAGUCUGAAGUUAGCCAUCAGCGGCUGCUCCUUCGAGUGUUACAGAGAGGUGGAGGUGAAGAACUGCUGUCCGGGUUUCUGGGGUCCAGAUUGUGUCGAGUGUCCGGACCGAGCUGACAGACCCUGUUCCAACAGAGGAGUCUGCUCCGACGGACUGGGAGGGAACGGCACCUGCAGCUGUCAGGUGGGUUUUGCAGGAACUGCAUGUGAGGACUGUUCACCUGGUCGAUACGGUCCCACCUGCAGCUCAGUGUGUUCUUGUGUCCACGGUCUGUGUGACUCGGGGUUGAAAGGUGACGGUCACUGCACCUGUUUCUCUGGAUACAAAGGUCCAAACUGUGACCAAGACUCACCUGAGUGUGCGGCCCUCAGGUGUCAGCAGAACUCUCGGUGUAUGGAGGAGGCUCUGACAGGACGGCUGCUGUGUCAGUGUUUACCUGGCUACCAGAAAUCAGGAGAUCAGUGUUUGUCCAUAAACCCGUGUCUGCAGCAGGUCUGUCACGUCCACGCCUCCUGUGUCCACACGGGGCCGAACCAGCACCUGUGCGCCUGUCAUGAAGGUCACAGCGGGGACGGACGAGUCUGCAUGGCUGUCGAUCCAUGUCAGACCAACCAGGGAGGCUGCUCCGCCGAGUCUGCCCGCUGCAUCUACGACGGACCAGGGAAGUCUCACUGUGAGUGUCUUCCUGGUUUUGACAACCUGGCUAACGGCGGCUGCAGCAUGAAGGACUCCUGUAGACCUGAUUCCUGUCACAAGAACGCCAACUGUUCCACCGUGGGUCCAGGACGAGUUGAGUGUACCUGUCUCCAGGGUUACCUAGGUAACGGUAAAGUCUGCUACGGGAACAUCAUGCAGCGUCUGAAAGACCUGAACACAGAGGUCGGAGGACAGUGGGGCGGUCAGCUGACCCACGCCAUCUCUCUGUUUGAUUCUCUGUCGUGGUCUCUGCAGAACCUGGGUCCUUUCACUGUGUUUGUCCCGAUCAAUAGAGGCUUCAGAGGACUUUCGAUGAGGACUCUGCUCGCCGACUCCUCCAAAGUUAAAUACCUGUGUAAGAUGCACCUGGUUGCUGGGGUGAUGCCAUUUGACACUCUGAAGAAAAGUGACUCCUUUUACACUUUGACGGGGAAAUCAGCUGAGACGGACACGUCAGGAGGGGACGCAUACACGACAAUCCGUAUCCACGGCAGCAGGAAGAAAGGAAUGAUUGUCCAACCAGACGUGGUUGCCUCCAACGGGAUGAUCCACAUCAUCAAUAAACUGAUGGACAGCGUCUCCCCGACUGUGGAGUCUGACACCAAGGAAAACCUGAUGAAGAUUGUCUCUGACUAUGGGAAAUUUGACAAGUUCAAGUCUUUACUAGAGAAAACUGACCUGUCCUCAGUCCUGGACCUCCCCGGUCCGAUCACCGUCUUUGCUCCGACCACCUCAGCUUUCGAUGCGAUGACCGAAGGACACCUGACGUUCCUCAGCAGCUCUGAGGGUCACAACAAGCUGGUGGAGUUUCUGAGGAACCACAUCGUCUCAUCCACCUCAUUGGAGGUCUACAACGCCGUAUCUAGUCCCAGACUCGUGACAAUGGCCAAUCAGGUUCUGACGAUUAACGUGACAGAAAACGGUCAGAUCCUGGUGAACGGAGCGGUGGUGCUCGAGGCGGCUGUGGAGGCUAAGAACGGACGCCUGUACGUCGUUGACGGCGUUUUGACUCCGCCCUCCAUCGAACCCGUGCUGCCCCACAGGUGUGACGUCACCGAGACCAAGAACGUCAAGGGCGCAUGUGUGAGCUGCUCAAUGGUCCCAGUGUCCCGGUGUUCGUCAGGAGUUUACACAGGCUCCUCCAUCUAUGGAUGUGUUUACUCUGUUUCCAUCGGCCGUCCGGUCGUUAGUAUCCCAGUAACCGGUUGCUCCCCACUCUGCAAUGUCACCAUAACGACUCCAGCGUGUUGUAAAGGUUUCUAUGGUCCAGACUGUGCCCCCUGUCCAGGAGGAUACCAGAGUCCCUGUUCAGGACACGGUCAGUGUAUGGAGGGUAUCCAGGGAAACGGGUCGUGCACUUGUGAUCUGAACUUCAGAGGCUCUCGCUGUCAGUUCUGCUCCUCCUCCAACAAACAUGGACCAAACUGUGACACCACCUGUCCCUGUGUCCACGGUCAGUGCGAUAACCGCCCGGACUCCGACGGUCGCUGUAAACCGGACUCCUGUCUGACCGGGUUCACCGGUCGGUUCUGCGAACGACGGACGGCAGCGUGCGGUGCUCAGGUGCAGUUCUGUCACGCCCACGCCGACUGUGACUUCAGCCAGGGGAUGCCAAGGUGUGUGUGUAAACCUGGUUACCAAGGCGACGGGAUCACCUGUGUGGAGUCUGACCCCUGUGCUCCACCUGUGCGAGGCGGCUGCAGUGUGAACGCCAAAUGUAUAAAGACAGGAGCAGGGACUCACACCUGUCAGUGCCUGAGCGGGUGGAGGGAGGACGGAGACGACUGUCGACCAAUCAACAACUGUGAGGCUCCUGACAGAGGAGGCUGUCACCCCAACGCCACCUGCAUCCACGUUGGACCUGGACAGAGCGACUGCAGCUGUAAGGCCGGAUACAAAGGGAACGGACGAGACUGUGAGCCUGUUAAUCAGUGUGUCACUGUGACCGGAGGCUGCCAUUACUUAGCCAGCUGUCGGCUCCUGUCCUCUCAGUGGAGCUGUGUCUGUGAUGAAGGGUACGUUGGAGACGGUCAGAUCUGUUUCGGUUCGGUGGAGCAGGAGCUGAUGGCUCUGCCUGAAGCCUCCGACUUCUUCAAAUGGACGAUGGACUCCGGUCUGUCCUGGUCUCUGUCGGAUCAGAACCUCACCCUCCUGGUUCCAUCUUCAGACGCUGUCACAAAAAUGUCUCUGGAUGACAGAAACUUCUGGACCACGAAGGGAAACCUGCCGAGUCUCAUCAGGAAUCACAUGAUCCCUGGUAACUUUCCGUUAUCCAGCCUGAGCUCUGCUUCCUCUGUCACUUCACUUCUCAAGACAACAUUUCCUGUUUCAACAGCCAAUGAGGUCACAGUCGUGGGUGGAGCCACCAUCACCACAUCCAACAUCGCUGCGACCAACGGGCUGAUCCACAUCAUCGAUAAGGUGUUGGUUCCUGACAGGAAGCUGAGCGAAGGGCUGCUGGCGACGCUCGCUCUGAGACCCGAGUUCUCGCUCUUCAGAUCAUAUCUCAUCGAUUACAACCUGACAGACGAGAUCGAACACGCCGAUGAAUUCACCAUCUUCGCGCCGACAGACGCUGCCAUCAACGAUUACCUGAAGAAAAUGGCUGCUACUGCCCUGGAUGUGAAUACGACUCGUUACCAUGUGGUGGCAGCAGAGCGUCUGUUAAAGACUGACCUGCAGCCCGGUGGAUACAAACAGACGCUGCUCGGAUUCUCCUUCCAGCUCGGCAUCUUCCCCCGAGACGGAAAGCUGUUUGUGAACGACGCUCAGAUAAACUCCUCCAACAUCCUGAGCGGUAAAGGAGUGAUCCAUGGUCUGUCGGCUGUUCUACAGAUCAACAGGAACCGCUGCGACGAAGCAACGUACCAGAAAGUCCCGGGAACGUGUGUCGACUGUUUGUUCCCACAAGGCAAAAUCUGUCCUAAUGACACCGUCCCAGACAGAUCAGCCAGGACCAGGAAGUGUAUGUUCACUCGGGUGUUUGAGGAGGAGCGUCUGCUGACCCUCGGCUGCAGAGCCACCUGCCUUCAGAAGAACAUUGUGCGCAGGUGUUGUGGAGGGUUUUUCGGGGAGCGCUGCGAGCCAUGUCCCGGUCUGCAGGGUCGUCCCUGCUUUGGUAAUGGAGCGUGUUUGGACGGGAUCAACGGGACCGGAGUGUGUCGGUGUAACAGAGGGUUCAAUGGGACGGCCUGUGAGACCUGUCAGAGCGGGAAAUAUGGAGUCCACUGCGACCAGGACUGUGGCUGUAAAAAUGGCCGCUGUAACGAAGGACCAGCAGGAGACGGCACGUGUGAGUGUGACGUCGGCUGGAGAGGAGUCCUCUGUGACGAGAAGAUUGAGUCUAAAGCUGAUGAACUGUGCGGCUCAGUCAAAUGUCACACCAGCGCAAACUGUGUGAUCGGACCGUCCGGACCUCAGUGUCUCUGUGCUGCAGGAUUUGAAGGAAACGGAACCGUCUGUCAAGCGAAGGACGCGUGUGCGGUGGAUAAUGGCGGCUGCAGUCUGUACGCCGUCUGUAAAAGGACUCGACCUGGACGCAGAGACUGUGUCUGUAACAGCGGAUACUCCGGAGACGGACUCAUUUGUGUCGAGAUAAAUCCGUGUCUGGAGGGAAACGGAGGCUGUCAUGUCAACGCAGACUGCGUUCACGUCGGACCGAACAAAACUUCCUGUUCCUGCAGUGACGGUUAUUCCGGUGAUGGACAGAGCUGUCAGAUGAUCAACUUGUGUCGAAAGAAAAAUGGAGGCUGCCACCAGUUCGCCGUGUGUAAUAUGACCAGUCCAGGUGUUCGUACCUGCACGUGCGCCAACAGCUUCAUCGGAGACGGUCUGAGCUGCAGAGGCACCGUGGGGAAGGAAAUCCUGACGAGGAAGCACAGAGACUUCUACCUGGGUCUGAUGAUGGUGGAGAUUUCUCUGAAAGGUCGAGGCCCGUUCACCGUCUUUGCUCCGAGCAGCGACGCCUUCAGCGCCGACAAAGACAAGAUGAAGUCGUUGAUGUCGGAGAAAAGUAAAGAGCAGUUCGCCUCCAUUCUGCGCAGCCACAUCGUCAUGUGUCACACUCUGCUGCCCGUCGACCUGAGCCAACCCCGAAACCUGACGUCGCUGUCCGGACUCGUCCUGACCACCAGCUCUGUCCAGGGAAACAUCUUCAUCAACCAGGCGAACGUGACAUACAGCCACGACGUCAGCAUCAACGGGAUCUUCCAUGAGAUUAACAGGAUCCUGUUUCCUCCAGACUUGAUCAAGGGUCCAGACGUUCCUCUGAACCUGACCGACGUGGCUGAACGUCACGGCUAUAAAACCUUUUACAAACUGCUCCAGGACACAGGUGUGAUGGACCUGGUGAACGAUGGGAUGUAUCAGCCUGUGACCAUCUUCCUGCCCUCAGAUGCCAUCAUGGCGUCUCUGCCGCAGGAGCAGAAGGACUUCCUGUUCCAUCAACACAACCGACCUCAGCUGGUAGAGUACCUGAAGUACCACAUCCUGCAGGCACAGAAGAUUUACGCUGAAGGUCUGAUCCACUUGGACUCAGGUCGGACUCUGCAGGGUUCGCCGCUCUCCUUCACCUGUGGAGGAAUGGACGAUAUCGGAGAAAUCUUUGUGAAUGACGAGAAGUGUCGGAUCGUUCAGAGACACCUCGUCUUUAACGGCGGGAUCGCCUAUGGCAUCGACUGCCUGUUGACUCCGCCCAGCCUCGGAGGACGCUGCGAUGAACAGACGACCUUUGAUCUCCAGAUGAGUUGUGGACUGUGCAUCUCCUCAGCUUCUCGCUGUCCCAGAGGAUCCAAACUAAAGGAGAUUCAGAAGUGCGACCUUCCCACCAUGUUUGUCACUAAAAACUCGGGCUGUCGCAGCAUCUGCACCGUCAACUUCUGGCAGCCAAAGUGUUGCCAUGGUUACCACGGACGAGACUGUCUGGUGUGUCCUGGCGGCGUGGGCUCUCCCUGCAGUAACCGUGGUAAAUGUGACGACGGUCACCUUGGUAACGGAACAUGUACCUGUGACGCCGGUUUCGGGGGCGUGGCCUGCGAGCGGUGCAGCGACAGGUUUUACGGUUCAACCUGUAAAGCCUGUAACUGCUCAGAACACGGGUCAUGUGACGAUGGACGCAGAGGUACGGGGGCGUGUCUGUGUGAGGCAGGAUGGACUGGAGAGCGAUGUGACGCGGAGCAGACUGAAGUCUUGAGGUGUUCUCCGCCCUGUUCUCCAAAGGCUGUUUGUAAGGAAAACAACACCUGCGUCUGUCGGCCAUUUUAUGAAGGAGAUGGGUUCACCUGUACAGUUGUAGACAUGUGUCAGGUCUGGAACGGCGGCUGUGCCAAAGGAGCCAAAUGUUCUCAGAAAGGAGAGAAGGUGAGCUGCACCUGUCCUAAAGGUCACUCUGGAGAUGGCUUCACCUGUCAGCCCAUUGACCCCUGCAUCUCUGGGGACAACGGAGGCUGCCAUGAACACGCCACCUGCACCAUGACGGCUCCGGGGAAGAAGAAGUGCACCUGUAAAGACAACUACGUCGGAGACGGACUCACCUGUGAGGUCAAACAGCUGCUGAUCAGCCGCUGUCUCCAAGACAACGGGCGAUGUCAUCAGGACGCCAAAUGUACAGACCUGCACUUUGAAGAUGCGACGCUUGGUGUGUUUCACUACCGCUCAGAUAAAGGUCAGUACAAACUGAACUUCACCGCAGCUCAGCAGGCCUGCACUGCAGAGGGAGGCAGCCUGGCCACCUACACUCAGCUGUCCUACGCUCAGCAGGGCGGGAUGAACAUGUGCGCCGCCGGCUGGUUGGACCAGGCCCGAGUGGCGUACCCCACCACCUACUCCAACCCCAAUUGUGGCUUCGGACACGUCGGCAUCGUGGACUACGGAGUCCGCAAGAACCUGAGCGAGACCUGGGACACGUUCUGCUACAGGAUGAAGGAGGUGAAGUGCGAGUGUAAGACCGGCUACGUUGGUGACGGCUUCGCCUGCACAGGAAACCUGCUGCAGGUGCUCAGAGCCACGCCCACCUUUUCCAACUUCUUCACACAAAUCCUGAAUUACUCUGAGUCGUCAGAGUCCGGGAGACAGUUUGUGAAGCGUCUCAGUAACCUGACGGUCCAGUCCACGCUGUUCGUCGCCGACAAUGACGGCCUCCCUGACAACCAGACUUUGUCUCAGAGGGACAUUGAGUUCCACCUGUCCGAGGGUCAGGCGCUGCCUCUCAGCCAGUUGAAGAACGGCAGUCGGAUCAGGACCAGAGUCGGGACUCUGACCGUCCUUGGAGUCGCAGACCUGCUUGAUCCCUCGGCUCUGUCGUCUCGUUACGUCAACGACCGCUUCGUCACCAGCUCAGACAUCCUGGCCUCAAACGGGAUCAUACAUGUUCUCCAGGGCCCCCUGAAAGCCCCGCCUCCUCGCCACGAGAUGCACGUGGCGCACAAGGCGGGGAUGGGGGUCGGAGUGGUGCUGCUGAUCAUCCUGGUUGGGGGGGUCGUCUUCGUCGGCUACCACUUCUACACCCACACCUCCAAACCCUUCCACUUCCACUACUUCAAGGAGGAGGAGGAGGAGGAGGCAGCUCCACCUGCAGAUGGCGGUCGCAGCAUCUGUAACCCAGUUUACGAAGCAGCUCCAGAAGCUGCAGAGUCCAACACGCCUGACGUCCCAGUGGAGGACAAACACGAGGUGGUGAACGGAGGAGCAUACGACCUGCUGCAGGACAGCUGAGGCUAACUCUCUGCUGACGUCUGCUCCGAGUUUUCUCCUCUAAACUGAUGAAACUCUGGCUCUUGGUUCAGGUGAAGUGACGGGCUCAGGCAGCAGGUGGAGGACCCACUCUCACAGAAAACCAACAGUCAUGAUGCGUUCAGGUGCUCUCAGGUGUUUCUGUCGAGGAACGUUUUGGUUUCUCGUCUGAUUGGUUUGGAAAAUGUAAACUUUGUUUUUACCCUUUGAGUUUUAUGAAUCUGUAGACAUGAAAAAAUGAAUCAUUUGUAACUGAAAAGAUCAAUGUUGAUUUUAAAAAAAUGCUCCAUUUUGUUUGUAGUGUUUUUUUCCCCAUCAAAUAAAAUCCAACAAGAAAUGAAAACCUCAGAGAAAUGUCACAGUAUUGAUAUAUAGAGAUGUUUCUGGUUAAACUAAAAGGAUCUUCCUCUUUGAUAAAAAGCUCUGUCUCUGUAGGAGUCCUCUCCAUGAUGUUGUCAGACACUUAGAAUAACAAUCUGAACCUGAUGGUCAUUAAACAUGACUGAAGCUGA